CCGGCUCCAGCGCUCGGGAGGGGGCACGACACAGCAGAGCAACGUGACCCUCCUCCCGCUACCCCCUCCUGGAUCUUUCGUGGGUGUGUGUUUUUUUUUCCUUUCCUCUGCCUUCGGAGGAAACUGAGCUCCAGCCGCGCCGGGGAACCGCGGGACCACUCUCCGGGCUCGCUCGGCGGAUGGACCCGCAGCCCAGCGCCAGGAGCUGCAGCCGCGGGGCUCCCGCCUGCGAGGUGGUCCCGAACGAUCCCCCCAUGAACCUCUACAUCAACACGACCACCGGGACUCGUUAUGAGCUCUCCGUGCCCGCCGAGGAGACGGUGGAGGGGCUCAAGAGGCGCCUGUCCCAGCGCCUCAAGGUGCCCAAGGAGCGGCUGGCGCUGCUGCACAAAGAGAGCCGCCUCAGUUCUGGAAAGCUGCAGGACCUGGGGGUCAUGGAAGGCAGCAAGCUGACGCUGGUGCCCACCGUGGAGGCUGGCUUGAUGUCCCAGGCAUCCAGACCAGAACAGUCGGUGAUGCAAGCUCUGGAAAGCUUAACUGAAACUCAGGUCAACGACUUCCUGUCGGGCCGGUCCCCGCUGACCCUGGCGCUGCGUGUGGGCGACCACAUGAUGUUCGUGCAGCUGCAGCUGGCAGCCCAGCAGAGCACCGGGCAGCUCCAGCACCGCCACCUCAUCGCCAGCCGCGGCGAGCCCGGGGCUGCCGCCGCCGGCGGCCCCCACUGCCGGACGCUGCACGGCGGCGGCGCUGGCUCCGCCUCCGGUUUCUCCCGCAUCCCCGUGGUGCCCAGCUGCCAGCAGAGCCCAGCUCCCAGCAGCCCCGCGGCCUCUGCCCCGGCCCCCCCUGUGUACUGUAACGCUCCCCACGCCGCCCCGGUCGCCGCCGGCGUGUUCCGGUCGCACGGAGCCAGCGCGCAGACGGUGAACAGCAGCGUGGUGUCCUCCUGCUCCGAGGUGGACUGUGGCACCCGCAGCAGCAGCUCCCCUGGCAGCAGCCCAGCCCCCACCGCCCGCUCCCGCAAGCCAGGGGCAGUCAUCGAGAGCUUCGUCAACCACGCGCCUGGGGUCUUCUCAGGGACCUUCUCCGGCACUUUGCACCCCAACUGCCAGGACAGCAGUGGGCGGCCGCGGCGAGACAUUGGCACCAUCCUGCAGAUCCUGAACGACCUCCUCAGCGCCACCAGACACUACCAGGGCAUGCCCCAGUCCCUGACACAGCUCCGCUGCCAGACGCAGUUCUCCUCCUCCUCUUCAUCCUCCUCCUCCUCUCCCUCCUCGCCUCCAGCCUCCCCGGACCUCUCCGCCAAAACUACCUCAGAGGCGCUGCCGGCGGCCGCGGCCUCGCCGCCCCUGCACCCUGUCGUCCAGUGCCAAAGCCAGAUCCGGAUGUGCAAGCCCAGUGGGGACCGCUUGCGGCAGACGGAGAACCGCGCCACGCGCUGCAAGGUGGAGCGGCUGCAGCUGCUGCUGCAGCAGAAGAGGCUGCGCAGGAAGGCUCGGAGGGACGCCCGGGCCCCCUACCACUGGCUGCCCAACCGCAAGCCCGGCCGCACCAACAGCAACAGCAGCGUCUCCAGCGAGGGCAGCCUGGACCUCGACUUCGAGGACUCGGUCUGGAAGCCGGAGGUCAAGGCGGACAUCAAAUCCGAGUUUGUCGUAGCAUAGAAGCCGCUGCCCGGCGGCCCCCCCAAGCGGGAGGGGAGUUG